AUGCACUUGCGUGCUCUACUCUCACUCGAACGGACAAGCACCGGCAUGAAGGGCCAACCGGUUUGGACCACAUCACCUCCCGGCGAGCCCUUGGUGCGGGCCCCAGUAGGCAAGCCAAGAUGUCCGCCUGCCAUAUCUCGCCUCCGUGUGGAGAAGGUGGAGGGCGGGUUAGCGGUUGCCGGCGUCGUGGUCGCAGCCAACUGUCAGAUAGUACUGCCUAUAUUCGGAUUUCUGUUCAUGCUCGUCGGAUGUGUACUAACAGCGGCUUCGUAUCGAGGUUGCGGUGAGAAUGAGGAGCCGGACCACUAUGCGGCCCGCAUCGCGUUCACCGGCAACUCGCGAGUGCUAGGCCCUGUCUGCAUAGUCGCCGGAGCUCUUAUGACCAUUGCUGGUAUCGUGUUGUGCAUGUUAAUGCGAGCUGCUCAGCGCCGGCAGCGUAGGCUGGCAUUCCACUGCCCCAUUCAUGGAGACUUCUACCCACUGAGCCCACAAAACAGCAGAAAAUAUUCUCGCACUCCGGCCGGAAUGUGGCGCUGGAUGCGCAGCUGGCUAGGGUUGGUGGAGGAGGGCGAGGCGGCGCGCUGCCCGCGCUCCGCGGAGCCAGCCUCACCAGCACGGGCUGAUGCUCCGUGCCCCCCUCCUUUACCUUUCUUGGUACCCUCGGACUCUGUUGUAGGUAUGGCUUCAGUACUGGGAGCUCCUCUCAGUCCGGAACAAACCUUCGGCUCCAUCAAAUCCCUCGCGAUAUCGAGGGAGGUCGCUAGUUUUCCGCUAUCGCGCUCGCCGACACCGCCACCAUUGAGUUGUCCACCUUUCAAAGAGGAGCCCAAGUGUCUGGAAGACAUACCGAACGCAGUGAUAAUACGACCGGACUUCGACUGCGGCUCGCCGACGUGCAAUUAUCGUGUCGUUGAGUGCAAAUUGACUACCACUGAGGAAAUACACCGCAGUGCCCCACACAAUACCAGUGUACAUAGCGCGGACAGUAAACAAAUGAGACCCAACACAGUUUCCAUAACGAUACCCGACGAGGGGAAAGGUUAA